CAACUUGGAAGUCAACCAGCAACCUCUGUUUGGCACUUGCUCGACCCUCGACCAAACUCGCCUUCUCAACAUUAGAUGACCGGGACAGUUGAAAUGAAUUAUUAACCACAGCCAGGCGUGCUUCUUGGUUCUCGCUCUGUGUCCAGCAGUGCAUUAACCCUGCUGCAAGGUACUGUCAACAGAGAAAGCCUGCGCCACCACUAAAGUCUCACACAGACGUCAACACAGCAAACCGGUUGACUUUUGAAUGCAGCCUCAUGGAGCUGUAAUUACGCGUUUUUGCACUUCCGCAUUGAAUUCCUUAUUUUUUCCAAGCAUCGGAGGGGGUGCAUCUUGAACUGAACAUCUCACCUCGUUGCAAUUGUAACCACUAAAGUCAUGGACAUCGACGCAGUAAACGCGCUACCCUACGAGGAUUUUGUGGAUGUUUUUGGCAACGUGGUGGAAAAAUGUCCCAUUGUGGCAGCGGCUGUGUGGUCGACGCGUCCCUUUGCGAGCUUGAACGCCUUGGAGGCUGCAGUGAGCGAGUUCAUCGAUGCUCUGCCGGAGUCAGGUAAAGAGGGCAUCCUCAGGUGUCACCCGGACCUCGCGGGCAGGGACCUCCAGAGGGGCACCCUGACCCGGGAGUCGCGCGGGGAGCAGGCCCAGGCCGGACUGGACGCGCUCGAGCCCGCGGAAAUGUCGCGCAUGGCCCGGCUCAACGGGGAGUACAAGGAGCGGUUCGGCUUCCCGUUCGUCAUCUGCGCCCGGAUGUGCGACAAGGCGAACAUCCUGCAGCAGCUGUCCGAGCGCUGUCGCAACGAGCGCGCGGCGGAGAGGGCGCGCGGCGUCGAGGAGGUGAAGAAGAUAGGCCGCCUGCGUCUCCAGGGCCUCGUGCUCACUGGCUCUCCGAACAAGUUGUGACCCGUGAACACUGGGGUUUAUAUUGAGUCUCGCCUGUUACAGUGUAAAGAUUCCCUUUACCAUCAGACCUACACGUGGCUGUGCUGUUUGUUGUAUUCCAAAUGUUGUCUUGUGUUCUAUUCAUCCAACAGUGUUUCAAAGAAUGAGGAUCAUUGAUUAGUUUUAGAAUUUACACGAUGUAUGCAUAUAUACACGUGAUCAUUGCUACAACUGCAAAUAUGUACACUAUUCAUGACAGCUAUACUAAGCAUAUUUACAUUCUUCAGCAUGGUGGUCUCGCGGUGAUAAAAACAAGACAGAGCUACAGUUUGUCCAACUGAAGCCACCUUGCUUUUGUUUUCUCCAUCUGUGAACAUGUGAGACGUGCAAUGUCCCAUGCAGAGGGUGCACGUGCUACAGUAUUACUAUACCAACCUCAGCCAGAUAUGUAAACUUGCACCAAAGUCUUCAUUUGAUUAUUGUAGUCCAUAGUAACUAAAUGUACUUUAAAUACUGAAAACAGGGCAUGUAACCACAAAAUGGAAAGAUUUAAACUACAAUUUUGAAUUAUGAGCAUUAUAUACAUUUACUCAAAUCAUGAAUAAAUGCUAAACCCAACGCUUAUUAAAGUAUAUACACCCCAUCUUUUAAUGUGUUUGUGCUGUUUCCUAAAUGUUUAUCUAAGCAGACAAAAUUAUCCAGCUUCUAAAGCUCCAGGUCUAACUUGUAUUUCCGAUUGUAUCCACCAGAUGGUGCCAUUGUUCACUGAUAGAUUUCACAACCUUGCAGCACUGCAGAUGAAUACAGUUUAAGUAUAUAUUUCUAUUUUUCAUGUGUUGUUUAGCUUAUUGAAAUUAAUAACCGAUUGUCUUUACCAUAACGACACCAAAAGAAGGGGCUUAACGGGACAAAAAAUUGCGCAUAUGUUCAAAUCGUCCAAACUGCGGAAGUUGUGAGGCGAGGAUAAUUAGUAUACUCUAGACAAAAAGUGUUUGAUUUGAUUUGGAUUUUUUCAAAUAAAGUAUUGAUUAUAUAUCAGAA